AUGGUUGCUAUCAUCUCCAAGAAAAGAAAGCUUGUCGCUGACGGUGUCUUCUACGCCGAAUUGAACGAAUUCUUCACCAGAGAAUUGGCCGAAGAAGGUUACGCCGGUGUCGAAGUCAGAGUUACCCCAACCAAGACUGAAGUCAUCAUCAGAGCCACCCACACUCAAGCCGUUCUUGGGGAAAAUGGUAGAAGAAUCCACGAACUUACCUCUUUGAUCCAAAAGAGAUUCAAGUUCGCCGAAGGUACCAUUGUUCUUUACGUUGAAAGAGUCCAAGAAAGAGGUUUGUCCGCUGUUGCCCAAGCCGAAUCCCUCAAGUACAAGUUGUUGAACGGUUUGGCCAUCAGAAGAGCCGCUUACGGUGUCGUUAGAUACGUUAUGGAAUCCGGUGCCAAGGGUGUCGAAGUUGUCAUUUCUGGUAAGUUGAGAGCUGCUAGAGCCAAGUCCAUGAAGUUCCACGACGGUUUCAUGAUCCACUCUGGUCAACCAGUCAGAGACUUCAUUGACGUUGCCAUCAGACACGUCUUGAUGAGACAAGGUGUCCUCGGUAUUAAGGUUAAGAUUAUGAGAGACCCAGCCACCGCUAGAUUCGGUCCAAAGUCCUUGCCAGAUUACGUCAAAAUCCUCGACCCUAAGGAAGAAGAAGACGUUGCUGAACCAACUGUCAUUGCCUACAAGCAAGCCGCUGCUGAAGAAGAAGCUGCUGAAGAAGCUCCAGUUGAAGCCUAA